AUGGAGAGUACUCAUUUAAGUGGUCAAGAAACUAUUCCCGCUAGUCAAGAUGAAUCUAGUUUACAAGUCUCAGGUGAAACCAAUUUGUUAAGUCAAAAUUCAGAUGAGUUUUUAGCCAAGAAAAAAGAUGCUACAAUCAGUGAUGACGAUGCUUCAAUCAAUGAUUUUGAUGAAAAAGAGGACAUAAGCAACAAUGAGGAUUAUCUUCAGAUUGUAAAUGCUGAUGCUUUAGAG